UCCACCUGUCAUAACCUACAUCAAACUUGCUUUCCAUCGUGCUCGUUCUGAAGUGUAAGACAGAAGAAGUAAGGCUACAAAUUAGAAUAUGCGUAUCAAUUUCCACUGAGAUACGUAACGAUCUUACAUAUCACUCGUUCAUCUUCCACACAAAAAUUAAACAAGUAGAGAAGGUGACAGCAUGAAUACCAUAGAAUUGAUGUCGAGUAUCUGCGGCCCAAGAGUUCGCAAACUAUUCCUUGCAUGCGCAGUGAUCGCCAUUGUCCAAAUGUUGCUGUUAUCGACCACAAACUUUCGGACCUUUUUCCAAGGGCAGACUGAACGCGUUCACGAGGUUGGACAGCGUGAUGAGAAGGCGACUUGUGUAGUGGUCAAACAGGAACUUUGGCCUUCAAACAAGUAUAAGUUGUUUCGGGAUUACUACCAUGAUAUCCCAAAAACGAAAUGCGCGGAAGAAGAAAACUGGGUCAAAAUAGAUCACGGCGUUUUCAGAAUUACGCAAUCGGCGAAAGCGAAGUACAGGAACAUCACAUGUGAUUUGGCACCGCUUAUUAGGGGAAAGGAUGACUUCGACUACCGCAAAGGUUUGAGUGUUCGCAUUAAGGAUGGUGCGGACGUACAACAUAUAGGUUCGGAGGUAAAUUGUUCAUCUGGCGGAGCUCGGUACGCAAACUAUCAUCUAACCGUACCGCCGGCAGAACGGCUGUUGCAGCGCGCUGAAGAAUUCAAACUCCCGGAGGGGGCUUUAGGAAUGAAUGUUUUAAUGUUUGGGUUCGAUUCCGUCUCACGGAUGGCGUGGCAGCGGAAACUGCCUAAGUCGUACGCCUACAUGAUGAAAGUCUUGAAAUGCACUGUACUGGAGAAUUUCAAUAUUGUUGGGGACGGAACAAUAGCCGCAUUGCUACCAAUGUUAACGGGAAAGGAGGAGAAUGAACUACCUGAUGUACGAAGGGGACAUACAAACAAUACAUUAGAUGACUUUCCAUGGAUUUGGAACGAAUAUAAGAAGGCUGGCUAUGUAACUCAGUUUACUGAGGAUGGGAGAACUUGGCAAUGGAGAAUGAAUGGACUCAAAAAUCAUCCAACGGACUACACUAAUUUACAUUUUUACAGAAUAAUGAAUGAUCAUUAUGCUGAAUUUAAAAAGUUCUGUUUGGGAUCUGAAUAUAGACACAGUGUGAUGUUUAACUGGGUGUCGGAGUUUCUUCGUAUGUUUAAGCACGGCAGGACAUUUUCGUUUGGAAUCCAUGCAGAAUUGAGUCACGACGGCAUUAAAUACCUAAACAUUGCUGACGAAGAGUUUAAAGGCUGGCUUAAAUAUCUGUACAGUAAUGGCUACCUUAACAACACCGUUCUGAUUUUGAUGGCAGACCACGGCGCACGGUUCAGUCAAAAGUUGAGGGAAACAAAUGAAGGCAAAACGGAGGAACGAAAUCCCUUCUUUUCCUUCAGGCUUCCCCACUGGUUCAAACAAAGAUAUCCUCGUGCUUUCAAAAAUCUCCUGGUUAACUCAAAGCGCCUUAUAACACCAUUCGAUAUCCAUGAGACAUUUCGUCACAUUUUGAAUUUUCGCAAUGUUCCCGUUGGCAAUAUCUCCAAUAGGGGCAUAAGCAUCUUUUCAGAAAUUCCUGUGUCGAGGACAUGUGCUACUGCAAGUAUCAAACCUCACUAUUGUAACUGUUUGAACUGGAAGACGAUCGCCACGAACUCUUCGGCAGUCAAGGCGGCUGGAAAGGCCUUUAUCGACUUCGUGAAUGCGCUGAUGGAGAGCAAAAAGGAUCAAUGUCAUAUGUUAGAAAUAGAUGAGAUCAUUAGGAGCGUUGCCUACUCCCGUGGAAAGGAAUACCUGGAGAAGACACACGCUGAGGUAAUGCUGUAUCAACUGACCAUUCAUACCAAGCCUGGUGGCGGCCACUUUGAGGCAACAAUUACGCACAGCCUAAAAAAUAAUACAUUUACGGUACUGGAGCGUGAAAUUAGCCGAACUAACAUGUACGGGGACGCGCCAAGUUGCAUUUAUUACGUGUUUCCACGUAUUGCAGCCUACUGUGUGUGCAAAAAACCUGGGCGGAUCCGGGAUUUAAAGGAUCAUAAGGUUUCCAAAUGAGGUAUGUUAAUAAUAAAUGUCAUUUCAAAUUUUAAGGAGUUCAUAUUCAAUGAAAUUGUAAUUUUUGGUAUGUCAAAUGAGGAGCAAGUAUGUGGAAUGAAACGUUUAGUUCCUAAAUUGGAUUGUAUACAUAAACUAGUAAAAAGACAAAGAUUGAAUUACAAAGUAUCCAAAGUGGCGUAAUGCACGGUAAUGUGCAUUUUCGAUGCUAUGAUCAUGAAUAUUCAUGAGCUGGCUGCCGAUUCAUUUCGAAAA